AUGUCCUCCUCGGAGCCCCACUCGCAUUCCCAUGACCACCCUCACGAGCACGACCACAGCCAUGACCACAGCCACGACCACGAUCAUCACCACGAGUUCGGGAACCCUCCGCCCGACGACUGGAGACACACUGGCGUGCAGGUAAUCCCAGCAGACUCGCUGGACUCCAAUACAGCCCAGACUCCUGGCAUGAACCGCGCCGCCGCCGUAACCGCCGCCCGCACACGCGGCCUCGCCACCAAGCUGUGGGCCGGCACAGUCAAGAUCCACCCCAACGCCAAGACCGGCGCGCAUCACCACGGACACCUCGAGUCCAUCAUCUACGUCGUCAAAGGUCGGGCGCGCAUGCGCUGGGGCGAGAAGCUCGAGUACGUGGCCGAGGCGGGCGAGGGGGACUUUAUCUUCGUGCCGCCGUACGUACCGCAUCAGGAGAUCAAUGCGAUGGAGGGUGAGGAGUUGGAGUGCGUGCUUGUGAGGAGCGAUGGGGAGGCGGUGGCGGUGAACCUGCCGGAUUUGGAACCUGUGGAGAAACCUGAGAAUGUGGCGUGGAUUGACCCUACGCACGCAAACUUGCCAGGCGCACAGCAAUAG